AUGACAGCUUAUCGUUACAAAACUCUCACAUUCUACGUUCGAUCGUGCCUGAUCAUGGUCUUAGCAUUGCGUUUCGCGUUACUGUUCUGCUUUUGUACCGCAUUUGGAGCGAGGAGUGGUGUGAAAGUGACAAUAAAAAAUGGUCCUCUCGUGGGUGAGCAGCGUGAUAGUUACGUCGCUUUCGAGGGUAUACCCUACGCGAAGGCACCGAUCGGUGAACGACGGUUUGCGGCAUCCGAACUGAACGACGAGCGUUGGUUGGAACCAAGGAACGCAACCCGCGUCGGUGCUAUUUGCAUGCAAUGGAGCCACUUCAAGUCGGGUGCGGACAAGCUCGAAGGUGAAGAGGAUUGUCUGUUCCUGAAUGUGUACACACCGAAUCUGACGCCAGCGGAGCCCCUACCGACGAUCGUGUUUCUCCACGGUGGUGCGUUCAUGUACGGUGCUGGAGGAUACUUUCAGCCAGACUUUUUGCUCACGCGGUCCCUGGUGCUAGUAACGGUAAACUAUCGGCUCGGGCCAUUCGGGUUCUUGAGUACCGGGGACGAUGUGAUCUCCGGUAACUUUGGACUGAAAGAUCAACGAACGGCCCUGCAGUGGGUGCAGCGGAACAUCAAGUACUUUGGUGGCGAUCCGAACCGUGUCAUUCUUUCCGGAUUUUCGGCCGGUUCCGCCAGCGUUCACCUACACUAUCUUUCUCCCCUUUCUCGGGGACUCUUCGCAUCGGGUAUCGCUCACAGCGGUUCAGCAUUGAAUCCGUGGGUCAUGGUUGAACAGGCAGCUCAAAAAGCGAAAACAAUUGCUGCUGCGCUUGGUUGCCCCACUGACGAAAGUGAAGCGUUGCUAAGCUGUUUGAGACUCCGUCCGGCGGAGGAAAUCGUAAGACAGGUGCCAAAGCUACAGGACUAUCUUUACAAUCCAUUCUCUCCGCUGGGCGUAGUGGUCGAGAGUAGUGGUCCCCGUAACCCGGAGCCAUUUCUCACCGAGCAUCCGCGCAAACUCACACGAGAAGGAUCGUUCCAUCGAGUGCCGCUGAUCCUUUCCGUCACCGAGGCAGAAGGACUGUAUCCGGGAGCCGAGUUCCUUGGUAACGAGCGCUACGUACAGCAGAUCGACGGCCAAUGGAAUGGGCUGUUGCCAAGCAUCUUGGACUACAAGUAUGCGGUGACGGAUCGGCUGCUAAGAAACGCGCUUUCAGAGGUAAUAAGAAACCGUUACUUGGGUAAGGCCAAAUUGAACGAGCAAAACUAUCAACAGUUCACCCAGAUGCUCUCCAACCGAUUAUUCUUUGCCGGGGUAACGGAAACGGCACGGUUAAUGCAACCGUACAUACCCGUUUACCUUUACUUUGACCAAUAUAAGGCCAGCUAUGGCCUCGGUGAGGCAAUAACAGGAACGCAGCGAAAUUUGGGUGUCGCUCAUGGUGAAGAUUUGCUGCUGAUUUUACCCAGCAGCUUACGCGACGGUAUACCGUAUACCGCGGAAGAGAUGGCAAUGGUUUCCCAGUUUGUGGAUCUGUACGAAUCGUUCGCAUACGGGCGUACACCGCGUUUCGGGUCGCUAAAAGUGCCGGCCCUGCAAAAUACCUCUCCGCUGACCUAUCUGGCAAUUAACCAUCCCAACAGUACGAUCACGACAAACGACCAGCUGAGCGAUGAAGCGUUCUGGGGCAUUCUGGACUUUAACGAUGGUACUGCGGUGCAGGAUUCUGGUUUUUGCUGA